AUGAACACCUCGGUCCUCACCCCCCAGGGAAAUAUUUCUGGUCCCCUGAAUUUUUCUGAGACGAGCUCACAGAUUUUGCAGUUUGAGGACGAGGACUGCCAUGUGCCUUUGGCCAUGGUCUUCACUUUGGCCUUGGCUUAUGGGACUGUGAUAAUCCUGGGAGUCUCUGGGAAUUUGGCCUUGAUUGUCAUUAUUUUAAAACAAAAGGAAAUGCGCAAUGUGACCAACAUCCUCAUUGUCAACCUGUCCUUUUCUGAUCUUCUAGUGACUAUCAUGUGUCUUCCCUUUACCUUUGUGUACACUUUAAUGGACCACUGGAUUUUUGGGGAGGCCAUGUGCAAAUUGAAUCCCUUUGUGCAAUGUGCCUCAAUCACCGUCUCGGUCUUUUCUUUGGUCCUCAUUGCUAUUGAACGGCAUCAGCUAAUCAUCAAUCCCCGUGGCUGGAGGCCAAACAAUAGGCACGCCUACAUGGGCAUCGCUGCCAUAUGGAUUUUAGCUGCAGCUUCCUCUUUGCCUUUCCUUAUUUACCACGUGUUAACAGAUGAACCCUUCAGGAACAUAACAUUUGAUGAAUAUAAGGACAAAUAUGUGUGUCUGGACCUUUUCCCCUUGGACACUGCCAGGCUUUCUUAUACCACAACGCUUUUGGUGAUUCAGUACUUUGGACCACUUUGUUUUAUAUUUAUUUGCUACUUGAAGAUAUACAUCCGAUUAAAAAAAAGGAACAACAUGAUGGACAAGAUGAGAGACAAUAAGUACAGAUCCUCUGAAACCAAAAGGAUCAACAUCAUGCUAAUCUCAAUAGUGGUUGCAUUUGCAGUUUGCUGGCUGCCUCUCACCAUCUUCAAUAUUGUGUUUGAUUGGAAUCAUGAAAUUCUGCCUGUCACUACCUGCAGCCACAACCUGUUGUUCCUGAUUUGCCACCUCACUGCCAUGAUCUCUACCUGUGUGAACCCCAUCUUCUAUGGGUUUCUUAAUAAGAACUUCCAGAGGGACCUACAAUUUUUAUUUCAUUUUUGCAAUUUCCGUUCCCGAGAGGAGGAUUAUGAAACCAUAGCCAUGUCCACCAUGCACACAGAUGUUUCAAAAACCUCUUUAAAGCAGGCAAGCCCUGUUGCAUUUAAAAAAAUUAAUAGUGAUGAUGAUGACAAAAUAUAA